UGCUCCAGGGGUGUGCGUGCAUAACGGCCGCGAAGCCCUAGACGCGGCCGCUAUAUAAGCGGGAGGAUCGCCUCCCAUCCUCCCCCUCCGCCGCCGCCGGGUACCACCCCCUCUUCCAAGAUGUCGAAGCGAGGGCGCGGAGGUUCCGCUGGUAACAAGUUCCGGAUGUCGCUGGGUCUGCCGGUGGCAGCCACUGUCAACUGUGCUGACAACACUGGUGCCAAGAACCUGUACAUCAUCUCCGUCAAGGGAAUCAAGGGGCGCCUCAAUAGGCUUCCUUCUGCCUGCGUUGGUGACAUGGUUAUGGCCACUGUCAAGAAGGGAAAGCCUGACCUCAGGAAGAAGGUCAUGCCGGCUGUCAUUGUCAGGCAGCGCAAGCCAUGGCGCCGAAAGGACGGUGUCUUCAUGUACUUUGAAGACAAUGCUGGAGUCAUUGUGAACCCAAAGGGAGAGAUGAAAGGUUCUGCCAUCACUGGACCGAUUGGGAAGGAGUGUGCCGACCUGUGGCCCAGGAUUGCCAGCGCAGCGAACGCCAUCGUCUGAUCUGAUCGCCGGAGCAGCUAGAUGAUCAAAGCUUUGAUAGCAUGUCCCUCUUUUCUUCUAGUUUAUUACUUGUGGCCCUUGAGGAUGAGUUUCCUGGAUUAUGUAAUGCUGCUGGAUUAUGGUCUGUUAGCUUAAGAUUUUGCACUGUGGUUUGGCUACUUAAGAUUUGGUGAGUUUGAACCUGAAAGAGCUUUUGAUCGGAUUUA